GAGGCAGAAUAUAUGGCGGAAGCGAUGAUUCAGUACCUGUAAAAUUUCAAACAUUUUUCGAUUCUAUGUUUUUAAAGAAGAAAUGAGGUCUAUUUUUGUGUUUGUUUUACUACUUUUAACAGUAGUUAAUGUUUGUGCACAAAUAGAAACGUUAGCACGAUGGUGUGUAACAACAGAUGCAGAAGAAGAGAAAUGUGGAAAUCUGGUUAGAGCAAUCGAGAAAGUGCAGAACUUAGGAAUCUCAGCAGAGAAUGUUCACUCGAAUUACAAAGAUGAAAACAACCUCAAUGACUUCAGUGAUAUGCCAGUUAUGUCAUGUGUGAGGGCCGCUGAUGUGUUUAAAUGUAUGGAGUUGUUUGAAGAAGAUGAAGUGGACAUGAUAACUCUGGAGGCUGGACAAGGGUAUUUUGCUGGUAGAUACCACUCCAUGAGACCAAUUGUUGCAGAAAAAUAUGACACUGUACCAGAUUCUCCAUUGGAAUACUAUGCGGUAGCUGUAAAAAAGAAAGGAAAUCCAGUUAAUAUCAAUACACUGCUGCAGAAGAGGGCUUGCAUUCCAGGCAUUGGAAGUGGAGCUGGCUGGGUAUAUCCGAUAUCAUACAUGUUGCAGACAAAGAAAAUUACAGUGACACAAUGUAAUGCAGUGGUGAAGACAGUAACAGAAUUCUUCAGUCAGAUGUGUCUACCAGGAGCAUUGAAUUCAUUCUACAAUCCUUUCGGAAAUAAUCCGACAAGUGUUUGCGAGUUGUGUACAGGAUCUGGAGAACAGAAAUGUACAUCAAGUGAUCCUCAUGCUGGCUUUGAUGGGGCAUUCAAAUGUAUGGACUCUGCUGGUGAUUUCGCAUUUUUACGCCAUGACACAGUCACAAUGUCAACGUAUGACACAAAUACCGGAAUUGACCGUUCAGAUCAAUAUGAACUAAUCUGCCCGGAUUCCAGUUCCCGUCCAGUGGAUCAGUUCGAAAACUGUUACUAUGGGAAAGUUCCGAAUGACAUUGUCAUGACAUCAAACAUGAAAGAUGACGAAACGGUACAGAAAUACAAAAAUCUGCUCCUGCAAUUGUCAGACUGGUUUGGACCACAGAAACCUUAUGAAAAUGAGUUUAAAAUAUUCAGCUCCCAAGGUUACGAGCAUACGGAGAGGAAGAAUAUCUUGUUUAAUGAUGCUACAAAAUCACUGGUGGACAUUGGUUCUGACAGGGAUCGAUACUAUACAUGGGUUGAUGACAGUUUCCGUGCGGCUUUAAACAAUCUGAAUCAGUGCCCUAUUGAUGUUGUCCGUCUGUGUGUCAUAUCUGAUGCAGAGAGGGAGAAAUGUGAACGUAUGGUAGAAGUAUUCCGGGGAAAGGACAUUAAACCAAACCUUGAUUGUCUCAUGACAUACAGCACCAAAGCAUGUAUGAAGCUGGUUGCUAACGGAGAUGCUGAUAUCACUGUUCUUGAUCCGGGAGAUGUGUACAAAGCGGGAAAAAUGUACGGACUGGUACCAAUAGCAGCAGAGGAUUAUGGUGAUAUGUCACACUCGGUUAAAGUGGUAGCUGCGGCGAGAAAGAGGGACUUGUACAUGACACUCUUCAAUCUUAAAAGUUACCGAGCUUGUCAUUCAGGUAUAGGUAGAGGAGAUGGAUGGAUUGUUCCACUGAACAUCUACAUUGAAACCCAACAAUUUAUCCCUAAACAAUGUACCAUCUUUGAAAACAUUGGUCAGUUGUUCUCAAGGAGCUGUAUCCCAGGUGCACUUGACAAGGACUACAACCCGAGUCAAAAACCCAUCAACCUUUGUGAGGGUUGUCAGGGCGGGGGAUACAGGAAGUGUCAGAGAAAUAGCGAAGAACUUUAUUACGGUAUCACUGGGGCUUUCCGAUGUCUUGUAGAAACGGCCGGAGAUGUUGCUUUCGUUCAUCACUUGACAGUUGGUGACAACACCGAUGGUAGAAACCAAGCAAUUUGGGCCAGGAACCGACGAUCAGAUGAUUAUGAGUUGCUCUGUAAGGAUGGUACCCGAACGGCUAUUGAAAACUGGGAAAACUGUUACCUUGGUACGGUUCCCGGCGCUGCUCUCGUUACUGGUGGUUAUGUGCCUGCUUCUAAACGUGAUAUCUACUGGAAUAUUUUUAGUUAUGGACAACAGUUCUUCUCUUCGGAUAUUGAUGGUGAUUUCCACAUGUUUGACUCUGGGAUGUUCUAUUCAGACUUAAUCUUCUCUGAUGAGGCUGUGAGGCUUGUUCCAUUGGGCCCAGAGGAGCAGACUUUUGAGUCAUACCUUGGCUGGGACUUCAUCAACCAAAUUGAAAAUCUGAAUGAGUACCAAUGUGUGCCAGUCUCAAGCUCAAGCAUUCUGUAUGGGACUGUGCCAUUACUUGUUACAGUGGUUGUGACUUUCAUAAAAAACUUGCUUUAAUAAUUUCUUGACCUCAGAAUGCUGACACUUUCAGGAGUUGUGAUUCAAGCCCCAUCAUGAGAAAAUGGUACCUUGUGAUUUUAUUGCUAAGACAUUAUUUCCCCCAGAAAGUUCAGUUAUAGAGCUAAAAACUUGUUAAGUAUUUUUUUUUCCUUUUCAAAGCGGAUAUUUAAACUCACAUAGGAUUUAUAAGUAAUGGUUGAUUUAAUACCCUAUAUACAACAAAUUAUUAUAGAGAUCUAUUUACAGAUAUGCUCAAGGUUAAACUAAUGUGAAGAAUCUCCUACAGAUACUAUGUAAUUUACAGUAUUUUCUGAAAAUAAUUAGAUAAUAUUUUCCAUAUGGAUAUCUCUGGUGUAUAGGAACCUGAAAAUGUGUAAAAGGUACCAUUUUUGUUGUGGUGUGGAUCAUUUUUAUACAUAUCAAGUUUUGUUUUACAUAUCAUUUAAAAGUGCUUAUAACCAGGGCUAUCACUUCAACUAUUUAUGAGAUAUGUGGUAAUAGAGAUGGUUGUUUUAUAAAGUAGAAGAGACAUUAAAAUUUUGUUGUUCUUUUUAAAACUGUUUCAAAUUUUUGAGCUACAUGUAUUUUAUAAUCGUUAUUUCUGAACAUAUCAUACAACAUAAAAUGUCCGGUACUUUUGAUAGACCCUUUUCAGUAGCCUUGACACUUAUAUAAUUUUGUCAGACAAAUAAUUAUAUUGUAGUAACUGAAUAGGCUUUUAAGUAGUUAUAUUGGAUUUGGUUGUAGGCAUCUUAUAUUGAUUUGACGGAAACAUAUAUUUCCAUUAUUGGCAGGUUGCAAAGGUUAUAGAAUUGUAUUUACUUGAGUUUUGUAAAUGUUUGCUCAGAAUUUAUUGGUUUAUGAAACAUUCAAAAUGCAUAGAAAGAUAAACAUAUCAUUUUUAAUGGAUUUUUGCAUUUUUAUUUUUUAUAUGUUUUGUUAAACCUUCCUCAGUUUUACAUUUUUCACAUGGUCCAGUUAAUGCAUUAUUACCAAGUACAAGGUAGGCUGUGAAUUUAAAUUCUUUAAAUGUAUCUACAUUUAUAUAGAUUUGAAAUGAUAAUAUCUGCUAGGGCCUUCAGAUCUUUUUUUUAUCGCAUAGUGCGGCAAUUUUCCUUUGAUCUUUGCAGCAUGUUAUACAUAGUAACACACAUUAUUACUACAAAACUGUGCUGAUAUCUUACAAAACUGUUGCGAUAUAUAUCAACACGGAAAUCUCUAUGGAGUUUCAUAAGAAAAAAAGUGUUCCGAUAUAUAUCAGCACAGUAAAACUGUUCCGAUAUAUAUCGGAACACUUUUUCUCUAUUGAGGUCCUAUUAAGGGAGUAUAAUUUUUUCCUUUCAAAGAAAAGAUGAUUUUAGCUCCAAUUUACAGUUCACAGAGAAAGAAUUGUCACAGACACCUACAUUUAUAAAGUAAAAGAAUAAAUAAACUAGAAUAUUUCAAAAACUUGAUAGUUAUUGCCAAAUUCAGAAAUACAUGAAAUAUAUGAAAUUCUGAGAUUUCUCAAGUGUUUCUUUUUCUUUGAUUUUUUUUUACAAACAAAACAACAAGUUUUACAGUAUGUCUGGCCAAUGAAAUGCAAAGAUUUAAAACCAAUGCAGAAAUUUGUUGGGUACUUUUAUCUGGGGAACACAUUUUCUAAAACAGAAGUUUCAGUGUUUCAGUCAGCGAGGCGCAGAAAGGGAAUCAAAAUAGUAAAAAUAAUAAUAAACAAAUUUAAAUGAUAAUAAUAUAUAAAUUUUAAUGAUAAACUAUGCGAUAAAACAGUUAUAAUAUGUAGUGCUCGUGUGUUACCAGGAUAUAUCAGAGCUAGGGGUACAUCUCGUUAUUUUUCUCUUCACAUAUCUGUCUCGGCCUACCGGCCUCGACGAUAUGUGCAGAGAAAAAUACCCCUAGCUCUGAUAUAUCCUGGUAACACACUCUCACACAUACUAUAACUAUUACAUACAUUCCUGUGUCUACAAUAUUGGGGCCUGCCCCACUACUGAUAUCAUCGUUGUAAAUAUAUUCAUUUGUAAAUUUUGACAUAUCAAUAAUGAUGUAAAUACAUUUGCAUAUUCUUGAUCAUAAUGUAUAUAUAUAUAUUUACUCUAAUGUAAUUAGAUGUACAGAUUAGAAGGAUUUUUAGCUCGACUAUUUGAAGAAUAAGUAGAGCUAUCCUACCCACCACGGCGUUGGCGUCACACUCUGGUUAAGUUUUUCGUACCAGUCCACAUUUUGACAAAGUCUUUUGAGAUAAAGCUUUGAAACUUUCAACACAUGUUUACCAUCACCAUGUCCAGUUAUAGGCAAGAGUACAUAACUCUGUCAAGCAUUUUGACUGAAUUAUGACCCCUUUUGACUUAGAAAUCUUGGUUAAGUUUUUCGUACCAGUUCAUAUUUUGACAAGGUCUUUUGAGAUAAAGUUUUGAAACUUCAACACUUGUUUACCAUCACCAUGUCCAGUUGUAGGCAAGAGUACAUAACUCCAUCUUGCAUUUUGGUUGAAUAAUUGCCCCUUUUUGACUUAGAAAUCUUGGUUAAGUUUUUCGUACCAGUCUACAUUUUGACUAAGUCUUUUGAGAUACAGCUUUGAAACUUUCAACACUUGUUUAUCGUCACCAUGUGCAGUUGUAGGCAAGAGUAUAUAACUCCAUCAAGCAGUUUGGCUGAAUUAUGGCCCCUUCUGAUUUAGAAAUCUUGGUUAAGUUUUUCGUACCAGUUUAUAUUUUGUGUAAAGUGUUUGACAUAUGGCUUUGAAACUUUUAUAUCUUGUUCAGUAUUAUAGUCUCUAUCAAUAGGCAAAAGUACAUAACUCUGUCAUCUUUUUUGGCUGAAUUAUGGCCCUUUUUGAACUUGGAAAUUGGUUCUGUUUUUGUAUAUGUCCAUGUUUUGUCAAGACUAUUUGACAUAUGGCUUUUAAACUUUAAACACUUGUUUAUCAUUAUGAUUUCCAUCUGUAGGCAAGAGUACAUAUCUCUGACAACUAUUUUGGCUGAAUUAUGGCCCUUUUUGGACUUUGAAAUUUUCGUCAAAACUAUUUGAAAUGUGGCUUUGAAACUUUUAACACUAGUAUAUCCACAUGAUUUCCAUCUGUAGGCAAGUGUACAUAAUUCUGUCAACUAUUUUGACUGAAUUAUGACCCUUUUCGGACUUGGAAAUUAGUUAAAUUUUUUAUACAAGUCCAUAUUUUGCCUAACAUAUAACUUAACAUAUUUGCCAUCAUGGUCACACAUUGCCUUUUAGUGCAAGACUAAUCGAAAUCCACAAAUACAGGAACAUUUUUUUUUGUUUAAUCCAUUUUUUUCUUUUGUCUGAAAAUGUAUGGAAAUAUUUUGACCCCAUUCUUCAAUCAAUUCUUUGAAUAGUCGAGCGCGCUGUCAUCCGACAGCUCUUGUUAUUUCUGCCUAUCAGUAGGAACAUACAUUUUGCUCAUCGGAUUUAUAACUAAGCUCAUGAAUCAUAUCAUCCACAGGUUGAUGAAAUGUCACAGGAAAAGCACAUAUUGUGUUUAAAAUCUUCUUGGUUUUCUUUGAGAAGUUUUUCCGCUUUGCAUACUGAAAAAUCCAUGAGGAAGAAUGUGUACCCUAUAUGUAAAUAUUUUGCCUUACAAGUUUUACACCUGCUUGGUCAGAAAAAAGAGACUGACAAGUCUUGAAUUAAAUGGGAGCCUCGGGCAAGCGGUUUAGGUCACUGAAUUCCAGCUAAUUGCCCCCGCCUUGCAUGCACAAUGAGUGCAGAACCUUACCUUAGUGUAAAAUUCUUUCAUAUCAGGAAGCCAUCAAACUGGUUUACAAAAGGUUGUUAGCUCUUCCCAGGUGCCUGCCUGCACCUGAACAAAUGCCAAAAGUGGCAUGUAGGGUCGUCUUCAACCAUUUAAUGCUGGAUAGUCAUCAUAUGAACUGACCUGUAAUUGUAUUGGUUUGACUUGAAACUCAACAGAAACUCAACAAAUAUUUGCUUUUUUUUAACAAAAUUUUGCCCCCCUUUUCGACAUUAUUGUUUAUUCAGUUAACUUCCUUUAGUAACAAGUAGCGUUGCUUUUCUCUGAAAGCUCUUGUCUUAUGCGAAAUCUUAUGAUACUAGAAAUAAUUAAUACAAAUCAAAUCUUGAAAACUUUUUCAUAAGAUGCAGUAAUAAACACAAAUUACUUUAAGAUAUAAGAAUAACAUUUGCUGUGAAAAUAAAGUAGAUUUUAAGUUUUUGUUCUCUAUAGAUGAUGCAGUUGAAAAAAAAGAGGAAAAAAUGUUACAGAGUUUGCUAGAAAAAGUUCUGUAAUUCUGCAGAUGCUGAAUAAAUUUCUGUACAUUUUAUAGAAAUGCUUAUAUAAGAAGAUUGACAGUUUAUAGUGUUAAUAUUGUAUUGUUUUCUUUUAAUUCUAUCGUGUUAAGACAUUUGUACAUUAAAUGUACCAUAUUACAAUUUUGCACAUUCCAUAUGUGUUUUAACAUUCAUUUUGUGUAUACAUCAUAAUUGUAACUAUAACAGCAAUAUAUAUUUUUCUACGUAUUAAAAAUCUUUAGAUGAA